AAAAAGAAGAGAAAGAGGUGCGGCGAUAUGGGUUAUCGCCGGAGGUUGUGGUGAAGGGAGGUAGCUGUGGCGGUGCUGAGGUGAUGGUGAUGGAGGUUAUGGUGGCUGAGAAGAGACAGUGAUGGAUGGGGAUGAUGGUGAAUGGUUGGCUCAAAUAUUGCUUUGGGGGGAUGGGAGUGCCACGUAGGUUCGGAAAUCCACGAACCAAGCUCAGAUCUAAGCCAGGGCAUUUUUGUCACACGGACAACAUCUAUCAUGGGUACAAAAUUAGUUUUGAGCUUUCAUGGGUACAAAUGUCAGCGUUUUCAUCUCUCAUUGAUUCAGGUUGAUCUUCUUGAGCCAGUAUCACACUUCUUAGAGGCUGCACGUCAAACUUUGGGCCCCGAAAAUCAUAUGAAUUCAGAUACUCACAAAGCAGUUAAUUUUUAUUGUGUUCCUCUUCAGGAAUCCGAAACGAAAAGAAAACAUAACAUCCCAUAUAUAUAUAAUGAUAAUAUCCAUUUUCCCCUUCACACCUAAUUGGAACAAGGAGCAAGUCUGACAACUCUAGCCAAGCAAUUGUCCACGGGCCUUGUAUGGG